UCCAUCAAAUUAAAAGCCUAUAAAAACCAUGCACACAAAUAAUUAAAACUCAUAUGCCAACAACUUCAACCAAAAACCAAUGGCCACUCAAACUUCCAUCAAAACAACAGCCAUGGCCAUGACCCUUCUCCUAACAAUGGCCGGAAUCACACCAUCACUGGCCGAAGACACCUUGUUCUCCGGCGAGAACCUAAACUCCGGCGAGUUCUGGAGAACGGGACCAUACAGGUUCAUCAUGCAAGGUGACUGUAACUUGGUGCUCUAUGUGAACAAAACCAAGCCAUUAUGGAACUCGAGAACUAACGGCAGAGGAACGGCGUGCCGUGUCACCUUGCAGAACAACGGCAACCUCGUCAUCUUCUCCGGCUCCGAUGUAAUUUGGACCAGUGAUAGUUCUCGCGGGCCGAACAAUUACAGGCUUGUUAUGCAGAGUGAUGGGAAUGUUGUUAUCUAUGGUGCUGCCUUGUGGGCUACCAACACUGUUCAAAGCAAGAAGAAAUUGCUCUAAAUAAGUUAUCUUUAAUUUCUCCUUUUUUUUUUCAAUAUGUAACAGUGAUCAAUAAGAUGAUCAAAGAAUGAUUAAGUCAUUAAAUUUUCUGCAAGUUAUU